AUGUCUGUUACAUUACAUACCACCCAAGGCGACCUCAAGGUCGAGCUUUUCUGCGAAGCAGUACCCCAAACGGCGGAGAACUUCCUCGCUCUCUGCGCAUGUGGCGCAUACAAUAACACGCCGUUUCACCGCCUCAUCGCAGGAUUCAUGGUCCAGGGCGGAGACAUCUCUCUCGGCCCCGCCGCGCAUCAAACCAGUACGAAACCAAUGCUCGAUUUCGAGAUUCCGAAAGGUGGCACAUCGAUCUAUCACCCGGCAGCAAUGAACCAAGAGAUCCAUCUCCCGUCGCUGCGACACAACGCACGGGGCAUUCUCUCAAUGGCAUCUCGUCCGGUGAAGGAUAGGACGGCGCCCGGCUCUCAGGGCGCAACGGGCGCAACGAUCAACGGGAGCCAAUUCUUCAUUACGUUCGUGCCGGCACCACAUCUUGACGGCGCCAGUACUGACGAAGGCGGUGAUGUUCUUGCCAAGCUCGAGAAGGCAAAUGUUAAGGUCGACAAGAAAGGAAAAGUUUCUCAACCCAAGGAGGGUGAUAGCUUUAAAGCAUUCAAGAUCAAUAACGUUACUAUCCACGCGAACCCCUUUGCGACGUGA